AUGUCCAACCCCAAAUCCGGCUAUCUUCGCGAGAUCUACGUCGGCGGUCUCUCCGGCUCCCAACCGCAGACCACCGAUCUGCGCCUGCUCGAGCAGCAAGCCAAGGAGAAACUCUCUCCCGCUGCGUACGCCUACGUCGCCGGUAGCGCCUCGACCGAGUCCACCGCCAGGGGCAAUCUCGAGGCUUUUGCAAAAUGGCACAUUGUGCCGUCGAUGCUGCGCGAUGUGUCGCUCGCCGAGUUCGACGGUAGCGUGCGACUGUUUGGCCGGGACUACUCGAGCCCGCUGGUAGUGGCGCCCAUUGGAGUGCAGGCGCAGCUGCACAAGGACGACGCCGACUGUGCGACGGCCAAGGCGGCUGCCGAGCUCGAGAUCCCUUUCACGCUCUCGAGUGCGACGAGCAGGCCGAUGGAAAAGGUGUUUGAGGAGGCAGACUUUGUCAAGGGAGAAGAGGAGGGUGGGGAUGCGUGGUUCCAGUUGUACUGGCCUCAGGACGACGAGUUGACCGAGAGCCUGCUGGGCCGCGCCAAGAAGGCUGGGUACAGGGUGCUGGUCGUGACACUGGACACGUGGAACCUGGGUUGGCGACCUCGAGACCUCGAUACAGCCUACAACCCCUUCCUCACCGGCGAGGGCGUUGCGAAUGUCUUUUCCGACCCGGUCUUCAUCCAGAAAUACUGCGAUGGCAAGGACCCACGUCGUGCGGACGUCAGCAAGGACGAGAUCACCGAAGCUUCGGUGGCAGCGAUCGCCCAGCUGAGCCCGGGCAUCUCGCGCACCUGGUCCGACCUCGCCCUCCUCCGCAAGCUCUGGGGGGACGGACCCAUCGUGCUCAAGGGCAUCCAGACCCUCUCGGACGCCGCGCGUGCCGUCGAGGCCGGCAUGGACGGCGUGUGGGUCUCGAACCACGGCGGUCGUCAGGUCGACGGCGCACUGCCUUCGCUCAACGCGCUCCCGGCUAUCGCCGAGUACAUCCACUCGCUCCCGCGUCGAGAGGGCGAGGAGAAGAAGACGGUCAUCUUCGAUUCCGGAGUGAGGUGCGGCGCCGACAUCAUGAAGGCGCUCUGCUUGGGCGCGGAUGGGGUCGCGGUGGGCCGACCGUGGUGCUGGGGUCUCGCGAUGAAUGGCGAGGACGGGGUGAGGGACGUGCUCAAGACGCUGCUCGCUGACUUUGAGCUCAAUGCGGGCCUGGCGGGCUUCAGGUCGGUCAAGGAGCUGGGCAGGCAUGCUCUGGUGCGCGCCGACAGUAAGAUGUGA